ACUCUUUCUUCUCUUUCCGACCUCAGCUGGUCAGGGGAGAUUAGAUGGGCGGAGAAACGAACAACGAUGCGGGAACUCUCAUAUGAUUUCUGGUAACUCUCUCGAGAGCCUUGGUUCUGAAUCACUCUUCGGCGGCAACGCUGUCGCUGAUCUUGGAAUACGACGAACUUUUUGGAACGCAGUUAUUCAUGAGAAGAGUCGUAUCCGCUUGACGACACAAGCCUUCCCAGGAACAGUGAGCGACAUAUCGAUUUUUUCACCACCUGAAGAAGGUCAUGGAUUCGCCAAAAUCGGCCAAGAAAGCCAAACUGGCGAAUGGAAACCUAGAACCAUCGCGCGUCGCCAGGAAAGAGAUGUGUUUCUAUUGUUUCGAUGUCCUGUACAAUAAUCUCCAUCACAUGGAGUCCCCGUCUGAGCCUAAGUUCACCAACGAGAGCUAUCCGCUGUUCGUUACGUGGAAAGUGGGUCUCGAAAAGCGCUUACGAGGCUGCAUAGGAACUUUCAUUCCGACGAAAUUGCACAAUGGUUUGAAAGAUUACGCGCUCACGAGUGCAUUAAAGGAUUCGAGGUUCGAACCCAUUAGUAAGGACGAACUGCCCCGUCUCACUUGUGCUGUGUCCCUCCUCACGAAUUUCGAGGACGCCAAGGAUUAUCUCGAUUGGGAGAUCGGCACUCAUGGAGUACGCAUCGAGUUCGAAACUGAGAAGGGUUGUCAUCGGAGUGCGACUUUCCUGCCCGAAGUAGCUGCAGAGCUAGAUUGGGACCACGUUCAAACAAUCGAUGCUCUUCUACGAAAAGGAGGAUUCCGCGGCAACAUCAGUUCGGAUGUGCGGAAAUCCAUCAAGGUCGUCCGUUAUCAAUCUGAGAAAGUGCAUGCUUCCUGGCAGGAGUAUCGGGAGCAUAUCGAAGCCAUCCACUGUGGCUAGGCACCCUUUUUUGAUGUGAGGAAGGGCUGUCCAGUCGACCAAGCACAAAACGGUCGAGAAAUUCCAUCGAGCACUUCGUAUACGACAUUUGAAGCUUCCUGACGUUUAUCUCAUUUCUCCUGGCGUUGCCUCAUGAAGCCGGAUCAAUAUAGAUUUCUCCCCAGUAUGUGCUCGAUGGGGUGACAGCCCCUGAGUGUCGCUUCUCAAAGAUAUAAUUAGGUGUGCGUCGCCGAGCGCAGCGCUCGAAUGAGACUCGAUUACGGAAACGACGGCGAAAACAAUAAAUGGCAAACUAUUCCUAUUCUGCACUAGCUCCGUCAGGAAUGUCGAUUUGCAUUCCGCGCCUCAGCUACUAUCAUUAAAGUCCCCACGAUCAGACCGAGCUCGUCGGAAGACAAUUCGAUUUCUACUCGACCUCGCCCGUCAAGUUCUAUUUCUAUCCAGCUCGCUUGCGUCUCGGUGCAGAAUGAAGUUGACUGCUUGAACUCUUCUGGAAGAUAAUGUUCACAAAUCUGCUGAUGUUUCUCUACAUAAUGCGGGAAUAUAUUGAAUUAAUGAUUUAAUUUCUGAAUUCGGGAUGCUCGAUCGGUGUGUAUUAAGAUUAAGCGUAGGAAAUGAGGGAACAAGAGAGAGUCCCGGAGUGUUUGGUGGAGAAUGUUCAAGCUUACGAAGCGGGAAAUCCGCGAGGAGACAAUAUCGGCCGUUCGGAGGUACCCUCGACCCGAUUUGUGGGGCAAUGCUUAACGAUUGAUUGAUUCGACGGUGUGUGGGUCGAGAGAGCAUAUUCCCAGGAUGGGAGCAACAUCGUUGCAAGCAACAUUGCUUGGUGAAUACUGAUAAUCCCUACAUGUUAUAGCUGAUUACUGAUUACGAAUAAGCGCUAUCAUGAUAAAUGAUGAUGAAUGUUUCUUUCUUGCGGAAGUAAGCGAGAAUCGUCGAGAGGCAGGGAGACGUUCGGAAGAAUUUAGACUCAAACUCUCAAUAAAUUAGAUCGAUAGUUC